AUGCUUAUCUAUUUACACGCUUAUGUGACUACAACAACAGGAGGGAGUGGUUCUAGAGAAAAUAAUCAACAGGCUUCAUUAGCCAUAGAGGAAGUGGUUCCAAAUCAACCACAGAGGCGGAGGCGAUGCCCUAAUAUUAAUAAAAAGGCUUCACAUAUUUUGGAAAAUCAACCUGAUGCUCGAAUUACAUUGACAAGAGAAACAUAUACAAAGGAAUUCAUUGGGGAUUCAACAUUAUCUUUUGCAACGGAGGUUGGAAUUGUGAUGCGGAACUUUAGUCAAAUGGAAUUCCAUACAUGGGAGAAAGUAGCAAAAGAAAAUAAAGAAGAAAUGAUUAACAGAUUACGUGAAAAAAUUGAAUUACCGCAGGAAGAUAAAGUUCAGAUGGAGUAUGUAGAUAAACAAAUGCGGAGGCAAUGGAAACGCACACAAAAUAUUUUCAAAGAUUAUUGGAAGAAAAAUGGAGGAAUGACAGAUCCACAAUUAGCAAGAUCUAAAAUGAAGCCAGAUUGUCGUAGCGAAGAAGAUUGGGGUUAUUUGUGUGAUUAUUGGGAAUCGGUUAAAGAAGGUAAUUAUUAA